GUUCGUGGACGUACUGCAUGAAGCACCUCUAUCCGGUCAUAGGAAGCCUACGAGCCUUAUUGGGAGUAUUUUCUACUGUUUCUUAUUGGCAGGCUUUGCUAUUUUGGCAGUGGGAGCUAGAUGGAUAUUUCACCCUAUAGAACGAUUAGUGUUCCCACUUCUUUGCAGUUGUAACGUUGGCCUCCUUGUUGUCACAGGCAUUUUCCAGCAAUAUUUGGUCUAUCAAGUUAAGAAAAUACGGUUACAGGGGUACUAUAUUUUCAGCCAGAAACUGAAGCAUAUUAUUCGCCUUCCAUUUGCUACAAUCGCCUAUGGAACCGCUGCGAUGCUGCUUGUCAUGGUUUGGGAUCCACAUAUUAGCAUCCUCUCUAUGCCUAUGCUACUCAGGAUUAUCAUGCUGGCGGAAGUAGUAUGUGUUAGUUCCUUCAUGACAGUCUAUAUUGGUUGCGUUCACCAGUACAAUUCAUUGGAUUCGCAGCCUGAUGUUUUAAAGUCACUUUAUUCUCCACUUCAACCAUCAAGUUCUCUGGAAGGUUUGAGGUACCAGGAUGGUGGUCGACUAUCAGAUCAGCAGAUGGCGUUGCUGCAAUAUCAGCAAGAAAAUAUACACUUUUUGAGUGAGGAGAUUCUUAGACUGCAAGAAACCUUAAGCAAAUACGAAAGGUCUAAUGAUGGGAGUGCACCUCAGGUAGAUCUUGCUCAUUUGUUGGCUACUCGAGAUCAAGAGUUACGCACACUCAAAGCUGAGAUGAAUCAAUUGCAAUCUGAGCUGAGGCUUGCUCGAUCUAUUAUAGAGGAGAAAGACGCUGAGAUUCAGCGUAUUCGCAAUGCAAACAAUCAGUAUGUAGAAGAAAACGAGAGACUCAGAGCUAUUCUGGGAGAAUGGAGCAACCGAGCAGCUAAGCUCGAACGUGCAUUGGAGCUGGAACGGAUGUCAAACUUGGAACUGCAGAAAAAAAUGACCACAUUGAAGACUCAAACGCAUGAAUAGUUCGGCCCCACUAGCAAGGUUAGCAAGUGGUUACUUCUUUAGCAGUUAAGCAACAAACAUGCAUGAACCAUUUCAUGAAGUAUGUGUCUGGAUAGUCCAGAGUCUCGAUAGUUAGCUCUGGGCCUCCCGGUCAAAAAACAACGUCGAUGAAGAGUUCAGGUGCAAAACCAUUCCUGGAAGAUAUAAUGGUCCUAUCUGCACAUGUACAGAUUAAGCUCAAACAAUAAUUUGCUUGAUGUGUACCAUCUUCAAGACUAUCAGCUUUGUAUAGUUUUUCCCUCUAUUAUUUAUUUCAUAUCUUUUCUUCUUGUAUUAGAUUUUCUUUUUGGAAGAAAUUUUUUUCA